GGACUUUAAUACUAAAGCAGCUAACAGUACUCACCAGGAGUUGGCAUUGAGGAGCUGAGCAGAGGCAGCUUCAACUUUAUUUAGGUUGGUACUGACCUUCUAAAUCUUAGAAACUAAGAGACCACCAACAUGGCAGCGAAGCCCAAGCUUCACUACUUCAACGGACGGGGUCGAAUGGAGUGUAUCCGGUGGCUCUUAGCAGCAGCUGGAGUAGAGUUUGAAGAGAAAUUUAUAGAAUCUCCAGAAGAUUUGGAAAAGUUAAAAAAAGAUGGGAGUUUGAUGUUCCAGCAAGUGCCAAUGGUUGAGAUCGAUGGGAUGAAGAUGGUGCAGACCAGAGCCAUUCUCAACUACAUCGCCACCAAAUACAACCUCUAUGGCAAAGACAUGAAGGAGAGAGCCCUGAUUGAUAUGUAUGUAGAAGGGAUGGCAGAUUUGUAUGAAAUGAUCCUUCUUCUGCCAUUAUGUCCACCUGACCAAAAAGAUGCCAAGGUAGCUUUGAUCAAAGAGAGGACAAUAAACCGUUAUUUUCCUGUCUUUGAAAAGGUGUUGAAGAGCCACGGACAAGACUACCUGGUGGGCAACAAGUUGAGCAAGGCUGAUGUUUAUUUGGUUGAACUUCUCUACAUAGUAGAAGAGCUUGAUCCCAGCCUCAUCACCAGUUUUCCUCUGCU